AUGUCUACUUUCCAAUACCAAAAUCAGUUGAAAAAAUUACCCAUCCCUGAUUUAGAAGAAACAUGUUUGAGAUAUUUGAGAAUUAUGGAACCAUUACAAACAAGAAAAGAGCACAAUAGAACCAAGGCUGCUGUUGAAAUGUUCCUCAAGGGUAACGACAACAACAGAUCUCAAUCAAUUGGCCGCUACCUCGAUGAUUGCUUACGCAAGUAUGGUGCUGAUCAACCAAGUUAUAUUGAGCAAUUUUGGUAUGACGCUUAUUUGAGUUAUGACUCGCCAGUGGUGUUGAAUGUCAAUCCAUUCUUCCUUUUGGAAGACGAUCCGUUUACUCAAAAUGAAACAACUUCAGCAAACCCUCAAAUUAAAAGAGCAGCAACACUUACCUUAUCAUCUCUCAAGUUUAUCCAAGCCUUGAAAAAUGAGACUUUGAGUGUUGACAAGUUAAAGAAUGGUAAACCAUUGUGCAUGUACCAAUACUCGAAAUUGUUUGGUGCUUCAAGAAUCCCCACUGAUGAUGGAUGUAUGAUGCAGACGGACCCAGACUCGAAUCACAUUGUUGUCAUGUCCAAAUCACAAUUUUACUGGUUUGAUGUUCUAGAUUCACAGAACAACAUCAUCUUGAGUGAAUCUGAGUUGAAUGUCAAUUUUAGUUCAAUCAUACAUGAUUCGUUAUCCACGGCCAACACAGAUGUUGCAAAGUCAUCAUUUGGUGUUUUGACAACUGAGAAUAGAAAAUUAUGGGCAAACGUGAGAAACAAUUUGAUAGCAACCAAUAAAGUCAAUAAGGAAGUUUUGUCUAUUAUCGAUUCAGCAUUAUUCAUUGUAUGCCUUGAUGAUAUUGAAUUGGAAGAUUUAUCUGAAUUAGCUCAAAACAUGUUGGGUGGCUUGUCAAUUUUAGACAAGGGUAUUCAAGUGGGUACCUGUACAAACAGAUGGUUUGACAAGUUGCAAAUUAUCAUCACCAAAAAUGGUAAAGCUGGUAUCAACUUUGAACAUACAGGGGUUGAUGGUCACACUGUCUUGCGAUAUGUUUCAGAUAUUUACACAGACUCUAUUUUGUCAUUUGCACAAACUAUCAACAAGAAUGCACCAUCGUUAUGGAAAGAUGCAACCUACAAUCAAACUCAAACUUCUUUUGCUAAUGAACACUUGAUUACAAUUCCAAGAAAAUUGGAAUGGGAUUUGACACCAGAUUUGUCACUUGCGUUACGUUUUGGUGAAACCAGAUUAUCCGAUUUACUCAAUCAAAAUGAAAUCAAGCAUUUGGAAUUUAGACUGUAUGGAUCAAGUCAAAUCAAGAGCAUGAGAUUUAGUCCCGAUGCAUUUGUUCAAAUGGCAUUUCAAGCUACAUACUAUGCAUUAUAUGGGAAGGUCGAGUGCACUUACGAGCCAGCUAUGACCAAACAUUUCUUCCACGGAAGAACAGAAGCAGUGAGAACCGUUUCCGAAGAGUCAAAUGAUUUUGUUCACACCUACUUUGACCGCAAUGCCACCAACAAAGAAAAAUUAACCAAACUUAGCGAAGCAUGUAAAGCCCACUCAAUGCAGACUAGAUUGGCUUCAAAUGGAGAAGGAGUUGACCGUCAUUUAUAUGCCUUAUACUGCUUAUGGGCGAGACUCUUGAAGCAGUAUCAACAAGGAGUCUUGAACGAUCAGUAUGGUAGUGCUAUUCCCGAAUUUGUUGGCUCACUACCACCAAUAUUUGCCGACGCAGGUUGGAACAAAUUAAAUGAUGCCAUUUUAUCAACUUCUAACUGUGGUAAUCCUGCCUUACGUCUUUUUGGAUUUGGACCUGUGUCUGCUAAUGGAUUUGGUAUUGGAUACAUCAUCAGAGACGAUUCAAUAUCAUUCUGUGUUGCGUCAAAACAUCGUCAAACUAAACGUUUUCUCGCAACUUUACUUUGCUACUUGAAUGAUGUUGAAAGUAUGCAUAGAAAUCAAUAG